CUCAGUCAGUGUGGGAAACUUGAAGAUUCGUUUGCAUCUGGGAAGUAGAUUCUGUUGUGCGUUGAGUUUUGUGCAAAAUUUUCAAAUAAAAACCUUCACCACUGCAUCAUCAAGGUAACUGAUUCCAAACAACAAAUACAACACAAUUUGUGCGUCUCGAAUGCAGGUGCGUUUGGAUGGGGAAACGGAUCUGGUGGAAACUGUGGACGACUGUGACGAGCCAAAUUGCGUCUCUUUCGAAUCAGUUUAGAGGAAGCGAUGGAAACGGCAGCAGAAGCUGAUCCAGACACCUCCGGGGGUUCAGCCAACCUGUUUGAGGAAGAGCUGGUUCAAGUUCAACCCAGAUCCACUACGGAUGGCGUGGAGAGUGUAGCCCGAUCAAGCGAGGAAGUAGAGGUUUUGGAGCAAUCGGAAGAAGAUUUCUACGUUCCAGCGGAUGUAGUUCCCGUAGGGUCGGAACCUCCUGAAGAUGUAGCUCAAGAGCAAGGCGCUGCUAUGUUCAUCAAUCAACCGACGAUAAAUAUGGAAAUCGAUCUGGCCCGAGUUCAACAGCCUAGCUUUAUGUCGCCUGUGGUGAUUUUGAACAGCAGUUUGAUGGUGGAACCCGUUCCGGAAGUGCAAGCGACAAUAGAAAUUCUGGAGGAUGAUAGUGAACGAGGCGAUGAGGACGAAGGGAGCAGUGCAGCAGCAGCAGUUUCAGCUGCUACAACGGCUGCAAUGAUGGAAAGUCCGAUUGUGCUGAUCGAGGAUACAUUGCGAAUGGGAGGACACGGUCAAGAGCCCCAAGCUGGACCGUCUACUUCGAGGAAUCUUACGGAAACACCGCGAGGUCGUAAACGGCGACGGACGUUGACCCCUCAGAAACCAGCAGCUCCACCGUCGUCCAGUGCCGCCGAUCAGCAGUACGAGGAUGACGAUGACGGAACGAUCUGUUCCAUUUGCUUGGACAGCUGGACCUUGACCGGCGAACAUCGGUUGGUAUCGCUGAAAUGUGGUCACCUCUUCGGAUACAUGUGCAUCAAACGCUGGCUUCAGGACAAUCCGAUGCAGAGCCGUUCCUGUGCGACGUGUAAAACCAAGGCACACCUCAGAGAUAUUCGGCAUCUGUAUGCCAAGGCGGUCAAAGCGUUGGACAAUUCCGAAGAAAUGCGGCUGAGGCAUCAGGUGGAAGAGGAAAAAAUGAAAGUAAGUAAGUUAGCCGUUGAGCUGCAGGUGGCCAGUAUGGAGCUAGAACUGCAGAGGACGCUAGCAAACGAAUUGCGGCUAAAGCUGAAAGAUUACGAACAACGAGGAGAGCUGAGAACGAACGCUUCCCUGAUGGGAGAAGUUACGAGUGUCGCUAAAGCGUUACGGAACUACAAAAUUGCGUUGGAUAAGACAAUGGACCUAUGUCGGGAGCCAGGUUGCCGGGUAAUGGCAUACGGCAGCAAAAGACACCACCUGUUGAUCUCACAGAAAUCUACCCAGAAUCUGUUUCCCGGCUAUUCGAUCAAGUUCAUCGACAUACCAGCAUUCCAGCAUUCGUCGGUGCUUCACAUUUCCGGUAAGAUGAUACGAGAUAUCAGUAUUGACGUCGAGGACGAACUAUUUACGGCUGCCACCAGCGAACGGUGCGUGAAGCUGUUUUCGUUUAACAGUCGAUCGGUUGUUACUUUCAUGCCCUCCGAUGCGAACGUGUGGUCCUGUGCCUUCGAUCGGGAGAGAAGCAAAUUCCUGUACCUAGGCACCCAAUCUGGCGCGGUGUACGUAUAUGACAUCCGAAACAGCAGUCACUACGUGGAAGAGUUCCGAACAGAGGGCGAUUGCUCUCCUAUAAUCAACAUCUGCCCGGUGUCAUCAAGUAGUUCCAUUCCCUUCGGUGGCUUCCUCGUGUGUAAGUUGACAUCUUGCUGGUUCUUCGAGUACACCGCGGCCCAGAGGGUCGAAUCCACUCGAUUGAACGUAGAUGGUCCGUUUACUGCCAUGAACUAUUCCGAAAAGACUGGCUACAUUAUGCUGACCACCCGACCGAGCAGUCGCCAUUCGAGAGCACGCUACAUCCUUGCCAGCCUGGUUAAACUGGACUCCAUAUGUGCGCUGCAUAUUGUUCAUACCAUCGCGGGUUCUUCGGUUGAGCCCAACAUGGUUCGUAGUGCUCAAAUCAGCUUAGACAAGAACAACACUGUGAUGGCGGCAUACCUGCAGGACGACCGCCAGCUUGCGACCUGGAGUGCUAGCAAGGACAACGAACGCCUGCAAAGUCUUCCGGUGUCCGAUGUCCUGUGGGAUCUGUGUCCAAUCUACGAAUCGAACCAGAUCUUCCUGGCAGCACUGUCGGACAGCAAGUGCCGAGUGUACAGGGCCUAUUCUGAUUAGUAGUGGUUAGGAUGAGACGCGGCGACGGGCGCAUGUAAGUACAAUAAAACGAUUGUGUUGUUGAGUUUAAUGAUACGGGGAGCGCAAAAUGGUGAACUUUCGAAAGGUUUCCCGUUUGGUUCGCCUGUUAUUGUCCGUGUCCGUGCGUAUUAACUGUAUAAUAUAGUCUUCACGAAAUAAAAUGUACCAAAUCCACGAUGACCACUGUUGCUAGGUUAGUUGAGUGAUUUUUUUUAAAUGAUAAACUGCAUUCGUACAAAUAAAAGCCAUCAAUACGAGUACGUGCUUAUA